AAUGAGAACCAAUCUGAGAGUCGGCAUGAGCUUGUCUACUGCCACGAACGCGCUCUAUAUGUGCUGAAAUUCCCUAGGAGGCUGAAGCAUCAUCGCUCUCUCCUGCCGUCGAAGGUGGCGACCACCAACUCCACCCCCGCCGUGGCGUCUCAGAAUCCUGCACUGUUGAAGAAGAAGAAAAAAAGCAACAAAAUUAACACCAGGAACAGCGACAUCAUCAGCACCAAACCGGACAAACUCGCUGCUUUACUCACGUCCCUGCCAUGCUCCUCCCCCUCCCACCUCGACCAAAUCCACGCCCACCUCCUCCGCUCCCCCCUUCCGCCCUCCUCCCUCUUUCCCGCCUUCGACCGUGCCGUCCACGCCGUCUCCAAGACCAAGCCCAUCCUCGCCCUCCGUCUCUACCUCCUCAUGACCCGCGCCGCCCUCCGCCCUGGCCGCUUCACCCUCCCCUUCCUUCUCAACUCCGCCGCUGCCAUCCCCCUUCCCUCCGCUGGCGCCGAGCUCCACUCCCGCGCCCUCCGCUCCGGCCUCCUCUCCUUCCUCCCCGUUGCCAACGCCCUCAUCGAUAUGUACUCCAAGUGCCGCGCCCUCCAUCUCGCCCGCCAGGCCUUCGACGAAAUGCCCCUCCGCGACGUCGUCUCCCACAACGCCCUCCUCGGUGGCUAUGCCCGUCUCGGUGUCGACAUGCCUGCCGCGCGCAGGCUAUUCGACGAAAUGCCCGAGAGAAACGUGAUAUCAUGGAACGCUAUGGUCGUUGGGUACGCCAAUGCCGGUGAUCUCGCCGCUGCGAGAGACGUCUUUGAUAAAAUGCCCGUCAGGAAUGUCGUCUCGUGGACAGUGAUGGUGUUGGGAUACUGCAAGGUUGGCUCGGUAGACGCUGCUCUGGCCCUAUUUGAAGCGAUGCCUGAGAGGAACUUGGUCUCGUGGACAGCGAUGAUUACUGGGUUCUCCCAGUGUGGCCGGGCGCAAGAGGCCCUGGCACUGUUUCAUGAGAUGGAAAGGGAGGGGCUUGAGCCGGAUGCAGCUGCCAUGGUUGGUGUCAUCUCAGCAGCUGCCCAACUCGGGAGAGCCGAGCUGGCGAACUGGGUUGCAUCGUACGUCAAUUACAGGAAAAUCGAGCGGAAUGAGCGUGUCCUCACCGCUCUUGUUGAUAUGCAUGCCAAGUGCGGCAAUGUUGAUGAGGCCUCCAGCUUAUUCGAUGAGAUCUCCUCUCCAGAUGCGUACGCAUACACUGCUCUCAUUAAUGGGUUGGCUUCCCAUGGACACGGGAGGAAGGCACUUGAGAUCUUUCAAAGAAUGCAGGUGGAGGCCAUUGAGCCGGAUCCCAUCACGUUUGUUGGUGUGUUGAGUGCGUGUAGCCAUGCAGGGCUUGUUGACGAGGGUUUGUUUUUUUGGGAGAGCAUGGUUCGGGACUUUGGUAUGGAACGUGGACCUGACCACUAUGCUUGUGUGGUUGACAUGCUUGGACGGGCAGGGAGGCUUGAAGAAGCUCACGAGAUGGUGAAGAGGAUGCCGAUGGGGCCUCAUGCAGGAUCUCUGGGAGCGUUGCUUGCAGCCUGCAGGACUUAUUCCAAUGUUGACAUUGCUGAGAAUGUUGCAGAGGAGCUCUUUAAGUUAGAACCUGACAACACUGGGAAUUAUAUACUUCUUUCGAGUAUAUAUGCAGCAAGAGAACAAUGGGCAGAUGCUGCUAGAGUUAGAGCAAUAAUGAGAGGAAAAAGAAUUAGUAAGUUUCCAGGUUAUAGUUGGACCGAGGACAAACGGAGGGGCCAUAUUAAGUUGCAAACAAUGAGCUGACAAAGCUUGAAGGCAAGAGGGCUUUACGUUGAUGCUGGCUAGUGCUGUCAAGUAUAUAUGAAGCAGGGUAGCUUGCAAAGAUAAUCCUUACAAUUGAAUGAUCUUACUAAGAGUUUGUAGCAGAGAAGUGGUGCAAUCCGUAUACAAAGCGAUGGGGUGCCUGAAAGCUAGGAGGCCUGACUGUAGACAAUAUACUGGAUUUGGAUGUGCUUAGAUGGUAGGAUGAAUUCGUUGUUUCCAGAGCUCAGCAAGAAAUAAAAGAUCUCUCAUAUAAGUUAGAGCAACAAGAACUGUGCUACUCUGGUGCUCCUGCAGGGCUAGGGGUUCUUCACAUGGGCCGCCUUCUGCAAGGCAGGUCUCUUGAUGGCACCUUGCCUACCUCACAGUGCUCUUGUCGGUGGCAGUUGUUCAGAAGGCGUUUAACAAAUCCUUCAUAGAAUCCUUUGAAAUAUCAGUAUUGAGCUACUCCCCCCUUUCUGAUUAAGCACAUGCUAUUUUCAAUAUCCAGCAUUCAAAGCUCUGAACCUUUUUUAAUACCGGCAAAUCAAGGUUUGCCGUACCGAUCCCGAACCCCGUACCGGUGCCACACUAUCAUAGUAUUAGUACAGUAUGGUAUGCGGUACGCCUAACAUACCGAGUAUCGGCAUGCCACCGGUACCGAUAUGGUAUGGUACGUUAUACUAUGUGUGGCAAAUUAAGUUAGAUUCUGCAGGUUUGCCAGCAUAAAGUGUGCCUAUGUCUGGGAUUGUCAAAAUCCUUUUGCAGAUAGUGUUGUGGCUGGUGAAGCUGCUGGGAUAGCAUGGGGUUACUUUUGGCUGGACUGUAAGUGUGAUGCUUGCAUGUGCCCAUGAUACAAAAUAUGAUGUUGAAUGACAUGUAACAAUAAAUAAUCCUUUGGUCAUCUAUUUAAUUUUUGUAAUGCUUAUUAUCUUAUAAUGGUGUCAUUAUUUCUUGAUGAAGAAAAGAACCCUUACUAUUCCUUGUACAUAGACCUUAAAUAUUUAUGAAGCUGAAGUGCACCAUUUAUUGUAAUCUUAGUAUUAGGUUCAAACUCAGAAGGCCACUGCCUUGUUUUAAAGCUGCACAUUUUCCAUUGUUAUGCAUUUGAUUACUUGGUCAUUUACAUUUUCCAGGAGCUGGUUGCUGAGAAUUGCAUUGACAAUUUAGAAGGAGAAGAAGCUGAACUUUAGCAGGUCAGUUUGCCAUUGCUGAAGUUUAUAGUCGAUAUCUACAUUCUUCGGAAGUAAAAUAUUAUCUUUAACUGAUCUUGAACUUGAUUUUGCACUAGUCAUUUUAUUUGCUGAAGAUGCGCCCAAGAAUUUUGAUACGUGCUUCCAGAAGUCUAGCUAGAGUUUUCCAAGGGAGAUAGUUUAGAUCACAUACUUUUUGUUUAUCUGUAGUCUGUACCUUUUAUUCAACUGGUCAUGUCAGUCUGUCACUGAGUUUAAAUUUCUUUCAUUUAUUGCUCUGUUGAAUAAGUGGCUCAUUAAUGUGUGUCACUUAUUUAUUACUUACUGUAUUUCUUAAAUAGAGUUCUGCAUGAAAUCAGAAGAAAUGAUUGGUAUGUUGUAGACUUGCCGAUUAAUGUUAUCCAUGACGGUCCAUGCUGUUAGUCGUUAGACCCUAUGCAUGCUCCUAUAUCAUUGACAUAUGUUUAGUUAUUUGCCUACAUCAUAGACGUACAAGAAAUUCUUUCAAUGUGCCAUAAAUAUGUAAUUUGUGUUGUUUGGAUGCUAUCUUACAUCAGUGACUUGAUUUAUUGUUUAUGAAUACAAGGGCAUAUUCUCUUUAUCUAUAUAUUUAAAAUUACAUUAUUAUAACUUUCGUUAAAAGGGAAAAAAGACAUUAUUAUAACUUUCAUUAAAAGGGAAAAAGAAAGGCAUUUCACUAAUAUUUCCAACAUAGCACAGUUGGUUGCUUAUGCAAAAUUUAGUCGGCUCUUUUUAUGACAUUGUCCAAACUCCAAAGCUUACUAUAUUAAAGGAAAAGCCUCUGCUCCACAGAAACAACGAAGAAAAAGAUAAAGAACAAUGAGCUAAACUAGUAAUCUAGAAUUAUGGAGUCAACGGUUUUGGUGGGAGGGCCAACUUGUGGGCCAAUAGGACCAAACAUCGGCUAGGAUUAGAUGCUAUAGACCAUGAUUUGGGAGCUGGAAAAUAUAGCUAAUUUAUUAGAUGAGAGCUUGGCUAUUGAAACCAAUGGCCUAUCAGAAUUUUCAUAAUGUACACGUACUAAUACAUGCGCAUGCAUGUAUGUGUGCAUGUAUCCAAUAAGAUAAAGUAAAUUCUUUAAGGAUGUCUAAGCUCAGGCCUUUGUACUAAUAAUCAGGCCCAAAGCUUGCAAAUCCAAGUAACCUGGUUCGGGGCAUAUCGAACUAAACUGGUGCAAAACUGUGUCAGUUUGCUUGUUCAGUUUGAGACUUGGGCCGAACCAGUCUUAACCGAUCCAAACUAGUUUGAACCGGUUUAAAUUGAGCAGAACCGCCUAGUUCUUCUUGCUACGACUCGGUUCGAGUCAGUUCUAAGCCCUCCUACAAGUAAAAGGGAGGAGAAGGAAUCCUAAUGCCUUUUUCCUGACGGGAAUGUUUAAGAAAUGAUGGGAAGGUAAGAAAAAUUAGGGAAGAAAAGGGAUUUUUUGUAUUUUUUGAGCCUCAAUCCAAGCCAAGAUCGGUGUAAUUUCCUCUCUCUUCAUUCUUCUUUUUUUUUUAUAACUUAAAAUAGGCUAAGAAAUGGUAAAAGAAGUGAAACAACUUAUAGUACUGAUGGCUCCCUCCCUUUCAAGAAGAUGACUUCUGAUGUUAAUUGCAAGGUGUGAAAGCAUGCAGGGGAUCUUUCUGUGAUCACUAGAAUUGGAUAUUGUGACAAUUCAAAAGACAAACCUUUUCACAUCUGAUGCCUUGCAGAAGAGAGAAAUGAUGGUGCAUCAUAUUCUUAAUCUGUAGUAAAAUGUAAAGUGAACAUAUUUUAGUACUAUUCAUAUCUGUAUCAUUAGGAGUAGCAUAUCCCAUUCUUUACAGCCAAGGAACACCAUUCCAGAUAAAUUUUCUAAGUGAUUCUUCCGUAGCAUACUCAGAUUUGAUUAUCUGGAGGGCC